GCCUCCCCCGUCUCGUCGCGGGUGGCCAAGCGAGUCCACCGCGAGGUCCGUUUUGGCGCCUACAUUCUAGGCUCUACCCUUGGCGAGGGCGAAUUCGGCAAGGUCAAGCUCGGCUGGCGCAAGGAUGGCAAGCACCCUUCGCAGGUGGCCAUCAAGCUCAUCAAGCGAGACUCCAUUCUCAAGGACUCGGAGUCCGAAAUCAAGAUCCACCGUGAAAUCAACUCGCUCAAGCUCUUGAACCACCCCAACAUCGUCAACUUGGUGGAAGUCAUGAAGUCCGGCAAGUACAUCGGCAUUGUGUUGGAGUACGCCUCGGGUGGCGAGUUGUUCGACUACAUCCUCCACCACAAGUACCUCAAGGAAAACGUGGCCAAGAAGCUCUUUGCCCAGCUCAUCUCGGGCGUGGACUACAUGCAUUCCAAGGGCUUAAUCCACCGUGAUCUCAAGUUGGAAAACUUGUUGCUUGACAAACACAAGAACGUCAUCAUCUCCGACUUUGGCUUCGUCAACUCCUACAACCGUGAAAAGAACGACCUCAUGAAAACCAGCUGCGGCUCGCCCUGCUACGCGGCCCCCGAGCUCGUGUUGACCCAAUCCCCUUACGAGGGCAGAAAGGUCGACAUCUGGUCGGCUGGUGUCAUUCUUUACGCCAUGUUGGCCGGCUACUUGCCGUUCGACGAUGACCCCGAAAACGAGGACGGCUCCGAUAUCGUUAGAUUGUACCACUACAUCUGCAAGACUCCGCUCACCUUUCCUAAAUAUGUGUCUCCGCUUGCUAGAGACUUGUUGAGAAAGAUCAUUGUUCCGGACCCCAAGAAGAGAAUUUCCAUGAAUGAAAUUAGAAACCAUCCAUGGUUGGCUCCUCACGCUAACUUGCUUUCGAUCAGACAACCAGAAUGGGACAGAAUCCAAAAACAAAAGGAUGACAUCAUGUCGGCUCCUACAAGACAAACGGCAAAGUCCCAAAUGCCACCUCAGUACAACCAGAACAAGAGAUUCUCCAUGGUCAACGAACGCACCAACAGUUCUGCCCUUAUGUCUAGUGCUACCAACUCGGUUCAUCACACCUCUAAUAUUCAAAGUGCACAGUCCCAUGGCAGAUCUUAUUCUUCUACCUCCAUCAGUCAGCUCUACUCCUCUCCAUCAACGUCGUUCUCGAUGGCCAAUGCAGUUGCUUUGCCAAAGACUGGUUCAACGGCUACUCCUGCGAACCCAGUCAAUCCCGCUUCCCAAGAAUCAAGCUCGGUCUCUAGUUCUCCAACAAAGUCCGGCUACGUUCCUGGCCAUACAAAGUCUGCAUCUCUUUCUACUUAUCCUUUGGCGUCCAAUGCUUUGAAAGCGGUGGUGAUUGAUGACAACAAGCGCAAUUCGAUGACUUCUUUGGAAUCAUUGAACCUUCAAAUGCCUCCUCCAUCCACCUCCCCUACAAACAAACAUUAUACCACCUCGAACAGUGGCUUCCACUUCCCACCUCCAACGAGUCUUCCAAGAUCGACAACCUACACUGGUACCCCUAUUUCAACCAUUGUCGAAAGUCCAACCAAGAGACCAGAACAAAGUCCAAUGCUUCCUCCUCCUGCACCAUUGUCUACCAGAUCAACCACUUCUUCUCGUGAGUCGAGCAGAUUACCCCACUCAACUAAUAAACCAAGACCAACGUCAUACCACCCAUCAUCUAUGACUUCGUCGCUCUUAUCUGGAGGCAACGGUAGCACAUCUGCAUUAUUGGACUACAUCAAGAUUCCUUCUCCAAUCAACUUGCCAAUUCCUCAGUUCCUUUCAACUUCUCCAACCAAGGCUUCGCCAGUGUCCGAGAUGUCGGAAGAAACAGUCAGAUCACAGCAUAACAGCCCAUCUCAUCCUGCACCUUCAAGGAAGAACUCGGUGGUCACUCAUGUACAUGUGAAUGGGGUAUUGAGCAAUGAAGGGGAGUCCCCAGACAACUCGAAGAAGAGGAACUCAGUGUUGAGUUACUUGGAAGACAAGAUGGAUCAAUUGGAUCUCACAGAUGUGCAGGCAAGCCCUAUCAAGGGUAGCUCCGCUUCACCCAUCAUUGGUGGUCCUGAAAUCGCCUUGACUCCACAAAUAAACCAGCUGCCAACAUUUGAUAUUCAAACAGUCUCACCCACUGUCCAAACGGAUGAAAAGGCACACUGGAAGGAUAAAAUUGCAAGUGCAACCCCCUCAAGAGAGGUCACACCUGAGUUUACCACAAGUACAGUGAAGGAUAAGCAUUUGAGCAUGACUGUGGAGAUGGUGCAAGAAAAGUCACAAGAAACUGUGGACUCGUUGCCAAAGAAGGAUAAUAGGCUUGAAGAACCAUUGAGUGUGAAGCCGAAGACUAAAAAGAAGUCUCCAGCACCAGCUGUCGAGUCAAGGACCGAGAGGUCUAUGAAGAAAAUACUGAAGGAUGAAGACAAAGAAAACAAAGAAGCCAGAGAAACCAAAAAGCGGAAUAGGUUCAGUUUAUUAUCAUUGUACAGUAGUUAUAACACUCCGGCAUCAGGAAACGGUAGUACAAGUGACGUCGCUACUACAUCUACCACAUCAUCUUCUCCCUCGGUCAGUUCCAAGAAAGUGUUGGAGCCAACAGAUUUGAACGUACCUCCUGCAUCCUCAAAUUCCUACAAGGAACAACAGAAAAGAAUCCAUUCCGGGUCUUCUUCUAAUUCACGUAAGUCCAACCAAUCUAGUACCGGCAGCUCUUCUGCUAGUGGCAAAGAAGCUAGUGCUGCUAGAAAGGUGAUGGACUUCUUUAAGAGAAGAAGUGUGAGAAUAGGUUAA